CUACUGCAGAAGACAUUUUUUCGCCAUGGCCGGUCUCCUGUGCGCCUCUGCUGGGUCACGUGCUAGAUCGCGUACAUGUACCCAUGCACUUCACUGCGCAACGUUCAGGCGCGGAUAUGCAGCAGCAGCAAGACCAACACCGCCCGUGGCUGCAGCAAGGGUGGAGUUUGUCGUGACCCUAGAGCGUGCCGUUGUCACCGACACCGAGGACGGGACCCUAUGGAAGAGCGGAGUGUUCGACGCGGAAAUACAUCCAGACCUACCCCCGGCGGGUACCAUGGCUGGGCUUGUCCGCUACUACCUUCGAAGAGCGAAGGCGGCAGUGUUCGAGAUGAGACCCGAUAGGAACAGCGACAGCAGCAGCAAAGGGGAGAAGUCAACGGGAUCGGAUACAGACACCGUCGGUCGAAGCGUUGCGAGGGAUGGAAUCGAGGGGGGUUAUCUCGUCCGCACCGUCCCGGUGCAACUGUCGCGACAAAAGGCGAGAGACGCAGCAUGUGCUGAUGGGGUAGAUGCAGAGGGGGCCAAAGUCCCGAACGUGCGGCCUGCCGAUGCGCUGUUGCUGGUUUCUGGAAGCCACCCCGGGCGACGCCUGCCGUUCGCCAAGAGUUUCCUCAUGGACGUCUACGACGAGCUUCGCUUGGCAACAAGCAUGCGAAAUAGCGGCCAUUUGCCGAAGGGUUUGGCCCUUUGGGCAGUCGCGAACCCUUUGACGGAGGUGGACGAGGCGGGGAUUGACCGCGUUCGGAAGAAGGUGGAGCUCGGGGCCGAGGUUAUUCUCACGCAGCCGCCUCUUGCUUGGGAACUAUUCGAACGGUGGCUUCAAGGCGUUCAUACCAGCGGGGCUCUGGGAGGAAGUGCCGCGGCGAGAAACGACGGAUUGGCAAAGCCCGGGGAGGGGACGGAUGCCACGAUGAAGAUGUUCGAAGCGUCCGGGUCGACGGGCGAAGAGCGGUCUACGCGCCGCCCGACUGCCGCAGCAGAGGGACAAAGAGGAGGAGACUCCACAGCGAGGAUUCUGGUAGGGUUGCCUGUGAUCACCGCACCGAAGGGGCUCCGCUUCUGGCUCAACCUGUGCGGGUUGCACGACAAUCCGGGUGUCUGCAAGCAGGCCUUCGAGGCCUUCGGACACCCUUCAUCGGUGGUGGCGAGGACGGGGACUGAGGAACCACAUGGACAUCCCGCCGGGGAAAAGCAAGCAUCAGCCGUUGCUGGGUCGACUCCGUCCCCGUACGGACAGGAGUGGUUGGAGACUACGAUGUUGAAGCUCAAGAGUCUGGACGGGAGCGGGUUGGGCGUGGCAGGGGUGCAUCUCAUGGCGCCUGGCCGAGCGCCCCGGCGGCGGGCGAUACAGCUUGCCGCUGCAGGAUUUUUCGGGGAACCUCGCUGAUGCCGUUGUUCUAUUUGUAACCCGUAAUUU